CAGAAGGACGUGCUUGUUUUGUGUCGGUGUCGUUCUGUUUUUUUUCCUAACUCGUCUGUAAAACUACAAAAUAUUACUUUAUAAUGUUGAAAAAAAGUUAGAUUUUCAGCGAUGACAGAAGAAUAUGGCAGAGAACGAUCUUGCUGCGUUCAGGGAGCGUUGGAAACGAGAGUUAUCGAGUAAAAAGGGGGAGCAACGACUGGUUUGUGCGCCUUCCUCUUCCCGGGAUAUUGAUGAUCAGUUAGGCCAGAGAGACUUAAAAAAUCUUAACAAAGCCGAUAGUCAUUCAAAGCCAGAAGAAGGUGGUUGCGCUGAGCAUGAAAGAGGUGUUCGUGUAGGGGGUAAACCUGCUGGUGUUGCUGCUGCCGCAGAGACAGAGGAUCAGCCUCAGUAUGUGUCCAUUGCAAGAAGUUUGCUGGAUGGAAGGACCAGCCCUCUGUUGGACAGAAUUCAGGAGGAGAGGAGCAGGAGAAAGAGGCAAUAUCAUAACAUGACUAAUGUCUGCAGCGCAUCCUUGCAGCAGCAGCCUCAGGGAAAGGUCAAGAAAGAAGAAGAGCUGGUAGACCAACUCAUUCAGGAUCUGAAUGAAGUCAAUGACAUUCCCUUCUUUGAUAUUGAGUUGCCGUAUGAGAUAGCUUUGAAGAUAUUCCAAUAUCUCAACUGUGCAGAACUAGGCCGAUGUGCCCAGGUGAGCAGGGCAUGGAGAGUCCUUGCAGAGGACUCUGUUCUGUGGUUCAAGUUGUGCGUGAGGGAGGGUUACCAUCAGAAUGCCAGCAUGUCUGACUCGCCCUGCUGGAAGAGUAUGCUGCGAGACUGCAGGAACUCUUCUAAAACGGUGCGCUUCAACUGGAAGAAUCGAGUGGGAUCCAUCAGCCAGCUGCAGUUCGAGUUGGGGAAGGUGCUGUGUGACGUCAGCUCCUAUGACAACUUCGUCUUAGCUGGGUACACGUCUGGUGAUGUGAGGCUGUGGGAUACCCUCCACUGGGACUCAACAGCUUCGUACCUGAAGGCCAAUAGUCUGUCUGCUAACACUGAGCCGAGACCACAUGUUAGUCACGUCCAGGUCAACGGCACGCUGGCUGCUGCUGCGUAUGAAGAUGGCUGUGUAGACCUGUGGAGCACAGAGACAGGUGGGGAACCCAUCUACCACUACCAGACUCCAGGGAGGAUCCAGGUUCUGGCCUUAAGCCCUGACAGUCCUGUCCUGAUCUCCGCCACUGGAUCAGAUGUUCGGCUUGACUGCGCAAAAGACUGUGGCUACUGGAGGACAGUAUGCCAGACUCAGCUACCCAAGACUGUAGAGAGCAUGACUUUAGUCCCAGGUAGGGACCAGCAAAGCCCGUUGGCAGCUCUGGCAGCAGGGGAGUCCAUGUACCUGUUGGACCCACGGGAGGAGGAGCCAUUGAUGCUCCACUCAGUCUAUGGUCAUCCUGUUACCUGCUUGGAUGCCUCAGAAUCCCAUGUUGCAUUUGGGGUGAAGCGCACAGGCUGGGCCAUGCAUGACGGAGGGAACAAGAUCCACAUCUACACCCUGGAGACGCGCAAACCGACAGUUUCUGUCGGCAACUCACCGGGAGAUUUCACUUGCAUCAACCUGAGAGACAGCUCUCCUCAUCUGCUGGUGUGUGGGAACAAAGACAGGAGGGUGAGGGUGUUCGACCUAAGAGCCGGCUCUUCUGUCGCAUCUCUGUACGCCCACCACUUGGGCGUCACCUCUGUGCAAGCGGAUGACUGGAAGAUUGUGAGCGGUGGAGGCGAGGGAUUGGUGUGUGUCUGGGAGAUGAGGAUGGGAGCGAAGCUAUGGGAGAUGCACAACAGGCAUCCUGUAAGGCAUGUACGCUUCAACACCAGCACUCUGGUAACAGCCAACAUCCCUGAUGACAAGUCGCCGCGGGGGGCCUGCAUCACAGAUGAUGACCUAACAGCUCAUCGCAGACACAGAGGAGUCAUCUGCCACUAUGACUUCUCUGAGGACGCCCUGUCACAGGAUCACAUCCUGCCCAUCUGCAGGUCUGACUACAUAGAGUCUUAUGGCUACAACUACAACAUCAACCUAGCAGUGCCUUACGACAGGCUGUCUGGUUCCCAUCCGUCCCAAUGACACGCAGUUUUCCAGACUGCAAAUGGACUUAAUUGACUGUAAUUGAAAAGACAGUAACAUUUAUCAGUUUGAACCUUUAAACUCUGUCCUUUUAUUUAACAGGUCCUCUUUCAUCAUCCUGAUCAAAUCAAGGCUAUUAAAAUGUAGUAGUUCAGUGUCGUGUAUUGUAUAUAACUGUUGCAUAGGUAUUUCUAUGUUAUUGUUGAAUCUAGCUCCCCGAUGAAACACUGGGGUUGAUGUAGUCCAACUGUGCAACAUCACAGGAAUAAAGUCGUUUUUACCUCAUUUACUAUAUGCAAAUCAUUUUAAUACUUUUUCCUAUUAAAAAAAUUAGACACAA